GGAAACUGUCACUGGUGACGUCAAUCACUGAGCUCUGACCAAUUAGAGCGCAGGGUGAUUGUUUGGCUCCACGGGCUGCAGCGCCUACCAUGAAUCUCUAUUCAGUAUCAAAGCGUCCUGCUGCUGCCUCUCAACCGAAUGGGAUUCCAUGUAGUCUGCAGAUAGACUUAACUUUAAAAAGUAUUUUUUUUUUCUUUAUUUUUCAUUGCGAUUAAAAUAUAUUUGUCAUCAUCAUUAUUAUUUUGCCUGCUGUCAAGUUAUUCUAAAAUUAGGAAGUAAUGAGCGUGGAUGCACUGGGAAGCCCCGUGAUGGACCCUACGUUUUCCAAACGGAACACGGCGCUGAGAUUAGUUGACUUGGCAGGGGCUCACCACCAUCACCAUCAUCACCACCAUACCCCUCAGAGCGUGACAGGCUUCCCGGGGUUCAGCAGCCAUCCACACUCAAUGGCUCACUCGCACCCUGGGGAGAUUACUGCGGAACCCCGCCUGGGGCCGAGUCCAUUCGGGCCAGAACACAUGGGGCACUCCGCGGCCCUCAAAAUCAGCCCAGCCCAUCAUUAUCCCCACCACCAUCACCACCACCACCACAAUCAUCAUAUGGCAGGCCACAGCGAAGUGGUCUCCAGUCAAACGGGAGCUUUUGGCCCGGUUCAGGCGACAUCGGUCCCCUAUUCCAUGUCUCACACGGCCCAGGCUUUAUCCGCAGGUAGGGAUUUCCUCAUCCGGAGAGAUCUGACAGCUCAAGCCAUGCCGGUACUGACCGACCAGACUGCUGGUUCAGCCUCUCACCACGGAAUGUUUGUCUCAACAACAGGUAGCUAUCCCGGACACUAUGGUCACCACCCCGACGCCGGGAACCAUACCCUCUUCUCCGGACUCCACCACGACCAGUCUUCUAGCGGAUCACCGGGUGGCCAAGCGUUGAACGGACAAAUAAGGUUAGGACUACCUGGAGACAUGUACGUUAGGUCUGAUCACUUGAGUCAAGUGGCAAGCUCCAGGGCUGAUCCGUUCUCCGCCUCGCCGCUGCACGGCUACGGCGGUCUGAAUCUGAACAUGAAUCUCAGCGCUCACCACCACCACCACCACCACGGAGCCGGUGCCUUUUUCCGCUACAUGAGGCAGCCGAUAAAGCAAGAGCUGAUUUGCAAGUGGCUGGAGCCGGAGCUAUCGCCGAGGAAACUUUGCUCCAAAACUUACAGCACCAUGCACGAACUCGUAACGCACGUGACGGUGGAGCACGUCGGUGGACCCGAGCAGGCGAACCAUAUAUGCUUUUGGGAAGAGUGUCCGAGGGAAGGCAAGCCGUUUAAAGCCAAGUACAAACUUGUGAAUCACAUUCGAGUGCACACCGGGGAGAAACCGUUUCCAUGCCCCUUCCCUGGCUGUGGGAAAGUGUUCGCAAGAUCCGAGAACCUAAAGAUUCACAAAAGGACGCACACAGGUGAGAAGCCCUUCAAAUGUGAGUUUGACGGAUGCGACAGACGCUUCGCCAACAGCAGCGACCGGAAAAAGCACUCCCACGUCCACACCAGCGACAAGCCCUACAACUGCAAAGUGCGAGGCUGCGACAAGUCCUACACGCACCCCAGCUCCCUGAGGAAACACAUGAAGGUGCACUGCAAGUCCCCCCCGCCCAGUUCGGGCUACGAGUCAUCCACCCCGUCCCUGGUCUCCCCUUCCUCCGACUUGGGCCGCGAGCCAGGAGGCUCCUCGGUGCUGUCGGAGCCGGUGGGAGCCUCCCAGUCGGCGAAUCUGAGCGAAUGGUACGUGUGCCACAGUUCGGGUGCCAGCGGCGCCCAAACACCCCCCAGCGGGCCCUCCACACCCGACCCCACAGACGCGCCGCCUUACAGAAACCCAGAACCGAGGGACGCGUUUUAAUCCAAACUGGACUCUGAGGGAGGGGGGUCAGGAUGGGACAGAACUCGCUUUCAAAAGCCAAACUAUUAAAAAUGGUUUGGGCUUCGGUGCCUAUACGCCUGUGAAGGCCCCACUGGUCCCAUAUUGGUUGAGCCACUAAACAUUGGAGGGAACAAAAGUGCAAACGUUAAAGACGUGAUAAUAUCCAGGCAAAAUAAAAGGAUAUAUUUCCAAACCUCAGCUACUCAAAAUGGUUGGCUCGGUGCCUGUACAGCCGGCCCACCGGCCCACUUGUGGAGAGUCGUGUAAAUCCGUUAGACUGCGGGGUUCAUUAUUUUAGACUAGGCAUGUUGGUGUAAAAAAUAUUUUGUAAAUUCAAGUUUGUGACUUACAUAUGUUUUUAUUUAUUUUUAAAUCUGAAAUUGAGGGAUUUUGUAUGAUGGAACCAAAGUGCAUGUUUCAAUUGGGGCAACAAUGUACAUUUGUACAUUUUGUAAGUUUUGAUGUGUUGAUGUUAAUAGUUUUGUGAGGAUCUGUCUCCAAGCAGCUUUUUACUAAUUACUGCAGUUAUUUGUACAAACGGUUUAUGUUUACAGUUGAUUUUUUAAUUUGUGCAGAAGGUCAACAAUUGAACUGUUUCAUAAGCCUGCAGUAUUUGAUAUACGACCGUGGAAUUAUAAAUGUUUUAUCAAAGUGGGAAAUUCGUGGUUUUGUAUCAUUGUCGUCAAUAUUUCUUUUCUCAUUUUUAAAAUCUCAAAAUGCGGCACUCAAAAUGCGUACCUUAUUGCCUUGUAAUUUGUGGGUAUUUUAAAUAAAUCUUGUAUGACUAAAGUGAAAA